GACUUGCCACUUUUCCUGCGCAGCAGAACACAAGCGACAGACUUGCAGCAUAUGAUCCCUACGCAGGAGAAGCAGCAACGCGAAACUGCCAGUCUGGUCUUCAGUGCACCAGGACUAUGGGCCACAGCACCAAACCGCAGGUCUACAGACUCAUCCUCCUCUUCCUCGUUUUCUACAACGAGCAUCUCAUGGCUGUAAACAUCAACGUAACAGCAGGCAAUCCAGUCACAAUUUCAUUUAAAUUCAACAGCAGCAUCUGCAUAAAGGGAAUAAAAUAUGCAAACCUGAACAAGGACGGUAUUAAGAUAGACGAGUGGCCGAACACACAGAGACACUGGCAAGUCAACAAAACUCACUGCACAGCCACAGUUUCCAUCACCAACGCCACAGCUACCGAUGCUGGAAUAUAUUACGUCUCGCUCUUCCCCAGCAACUCGAGUGGGCGAUAUGAGGAGAGUGCGAAGGAGACACUCACCGUGCUCUCAGCCGUCACAGGAUCUCCUGCCACGUCCCAUGUGACAGAGGCCGGCACCUCCGAGGGCUCCUCCCCGACACUGUCUGCAUACAUAAAAGUCAUCUGUGCUUUCCUCAUCACCACAGUGGUGCUUAUUAUACUGCUCCUCAGCUGGGUCUUCCUCUCACGCAGGAGGAGUCUGGAAGUCACAAGGAAGCAGCAACGCAAAGGUGACCUAUACGCUGCCCAGUCCCGCUUCUGUGUACUCCGUCGAGUACGGAGUGCUGGAUUUCCCCAGCAGGCCUGUAAGCCAGGAAGGCAUACAGAACAGCGGACCUGCACCAGAAUCCCGGGACGGCGUUGUGUACUCUACCAUCACCUUUGUGCCGCUGGCUCAUCAGGGAGAGGCACAUGUGCAAUGUGGUGCUAUGGACAGGGAGCAGACACCGAGCUGGUGCCCCUGACCCCACCGGACACCAGGAGCUGAACACUAAUGGCGGUCCUUCAGUCCUGUCUUCAUGCCCCGUCCGGCAUAUCACAGACAGCCAAUCGCUCAUUCAUUGGGUGGCCUUUUGCUGGGAUGGUCCGCCAACCUCAGACUUCAUGUACUGUAUGCGAGGUGUGCUGGUUAACCCUGUCGCCCUCCAGUGCACUGACCAAACACUAGGUCCUUAAAGGGAACAUUGGUUUGUGGGCUAUUUGUAUAGCAACUCCGUUCUGAGCUGAGCUCACAUGCAGCAGAAAAUUAACCCCCCCCCUUAAUUGAUGUUCCAGGUUCUCCAGCAUACCAUCCUUCUUGAUGGACCUAACAUUGGUAGUUCCCCAAAUAGAAGGAGGACCUCCAUUUAUGACUAUCAGAGAAGCCCCAACAGAGUAAGAGUGGUAGUAUAUUCUAGAUGCACUUGCUGUCAGUGGGCACUUAACAUCGCAGCCAGUGCCGAGUCCAUCACAUUCGCACUAAGGGGUGUGUCACAGGGCUCUGAACCAGGGUUUCCCAGCCCGGUCCUCGAUGUUUUUGCUCCCUUCCCAACAGUCUACAUUUUUGCUCCUAGCUCCUAGCAAAAAUGCAAACUGUCUGGGAGUCUCCAAGGACCAGAUUGGAAAACGCUGCUCUAACCUCUCGGUCGCUCGCUUUUUUGGGUCGCGCCUGGAAGUAAAGGUUCCAGUAGGGCAUACGUUUCAAACCCCCCAGCCUCGGCGAUUGCAAGAAAGCGACCGCACCUCCUGGGCCACCAUGCUGCCAUAUACCGAGUUCUCCGUUACAGAAAGGUUGGGACUUGCCAGAGGUGAUCAAGGAACCAAAUAAAAAACACCUGCCUUCUCUAAAUAAGCCUUUGUGUGCUGCUAUGCUGAGUACAGAUAAUGGAUUUCUGUCCAGUCUUGAUGGGAAUUUACACUUUGCCUUUUACUCAUAUUGAUACAUGUGGGAAAUA